AUUGAACAAUUUAGUUUGAUUGGAAAAUCUAACUUGACAGAACAAUCAAAUACUAUUGAGACUUGUAAUGCUAUUACUGAAGAUAUAUUAGAUGCACUUGCUAUCUUAGUUAAAGAAUUA